CUGCGCCCUCCCGCAUCGCUCCCAAACCUCAUCGUCCGUGACUCACUCAUGCGGAAUGCCGCCUAGAAUCCAGCGGUCUCUGUUGGACAGUGAAUAAUCCCCCUCUUCCCGGAAGCCCAAGAUGUCAUCUUCGCGGUCGGACAGCCUAAAAACUCAAAAACUGGACACCGACAGCUUUGUCGCCUUUGACCACGCCGCCGCUGGCCAUGACGGUGUCCAGUGCACUCUUUCCGGCUCCUUCAUCGCAAAGCCCUGCACCCCGGAAGAAGUUGCGUUCUACGAGUCCAGCGCCCUUCACCCGGCCUUCAGAGACUUCAUCCCCACCUACAUCGGAACUUUAACCUCGGCGGACCUGCAGCAAUCCUUCACGCUUGAAGCAGCUGAACAGGCUGGCGCAAUUGUCCUCCCCGGCUCCGACUACUCGUCUACGCCGGACACCCCGACCGCACCGGCACAGCCCAGCGCGGCGGACGCGGGGGGCCCCACGAGCGCCGCGCAAGACUUGCCGUGGGUUCCCUCGAAUGGGAAAAAGCUGGAGACUGGAAUCUCCAUCGUACUUGAAAAUGUGGCGUCCGGGUUCAAGCGGCCGAAUGUUUUAGACGUGAAGCUGGGGGCGCGACUUUGGGCAGACGAUGCGCCUCCCCAGAAGCGGGCGAAGCUGGACAUGGUGUCCAAAGAUACGACCAGCUCAAAGCUGGGAUUUCGCAUUGCCGGCAUGAAGGUCUGGACGGGCGUGAGCGGGGAGAGCGACGAAGGAAGUAAGACCGAUCCCUAUGCCACGAAAUACGAGGGGGCUGAGGGGGCGAGGGGCAAGGUCAUCGAGAAAGACGGCUACAAGCGCUAUGACAAGUGGUAUGGGCGGGCUCUCAAUGAGAACAAUGUCCGGGAGGGUUUCAAGACCUUCCUCGCGGGAGCCAAAGCCGGGACCGUUGAUCACUCCCAGAUGGUUGCCCAGAGGUUAGCCGACGAACUCCGGAAGGUGCAGCACGUGCUGGAGUCAGAGGAAAGUCGGAUGUAUUCGUCGAGUGUCUUGAUUGUCUACGAGGGGGAUCCGGAAGCGAUGGAACAUGCGCUCGAGGAAGAACAGAAGCCCCGGCCUGAACCGGGGGAGUCCGAGUCGGAGGACGAGGACGAGGAGGUGGAAUUCCAGAUCCAGCAGGAUGGGUCAUUUCAAGUUGUUGAUAUACCGGUUGGACAGGGGACCAAGUCACACCAGGCCAUCAAUAUCAACAUCGACCCCGAAAUGGCGGAGUUGGCAGAGCUGGGGGGUCUCGACGAGGAUGAGGAAGAGUAUCUCCCAAAGGUGCAUGACCUUCGUCUGAUUGAUUUUGCGCACGCCAGUUGGACACCAGGCCAGGGGCCGGACGAGAAUGUACUCAAAGGGGUCCGGAACUUGAUCAAGAUCUUGGACGGACUUGCUAGCGAGUAGUGUACGAUAUGGGGGCAAGCAUACAGUCGC